AGCUUUUCAUCGCAAAGAUAAUCCAGCACGUAAGAUGGGUUUUGGUCGUGAACAUGGCGACGUGUUGUAGUCGUAAAACGCUUAGGGCUUCUGUAUUUUUAAUGAUAGGGACCUGAAGUAUUGCUCAGUUAUUCUGGAAGGUCAUCAUGCCCGUGGAAGGGACAAAUCCGCUCAUAAACGCCAGAGAUAGGCUAUUCCGCGCCCUGUUUUUUAAAAUGGCGCUCAUGUAUGCUCGCUCUUUUCCUCCUCCAGUUCGUCUUCUUCUGGAGAUGGGAGUUCUCAUGAAGGUGCGUUAAUAUAUUUGUUUGUAAAUCCGGAUGUUCAAGAGAAAUGUUUACGUGUGCACAGCUGUUUUGAAAUUGGUUAAAACAAAAAUUUGGUGGCAUAAUCAGCCAGCACUUGGAAACAGCAGAAUCGCAGGACACAUCUGUAGCUCAUUAAUACCUAGCCUCACAUUAGAAUCGCCACGAAGCGUGAAGUUUAAUAGCCUGUAAUGGCCACAUUACAAACCAGUAUAGUACCUUGCAUGAUUUCUGAAUGUUAAAAUUAGAAUAAUCAUGCGAACGAUGGCCUGUACAGUCGCAAAUCAGUCGCAAAUGUAGCCGUUACUUGGUGCUUUACGGUAUGAAAAUAUAUCUGGUGUUCAAUAUCCUACUUUUUCGUGACUUUCAAGUUUGAAUUUUGACCAAAAAUUAUUCUCAGAAUAUUUAAAGUCGAUUUUAAUUAUUUUGGUUUUUUGAAUUAUUUUAUAUGCAGCCUUUCAUAGUUUUAUAUUGUUUUAUUCGUCUACAACUGGGUCAAUCUUUUGUAUGAACUAAGAAAACGUUACUGUUACUAGCACAAUGUUCAUUUUGGAACAGUACUGUACUCUGGGAUAUAUGGUUAUUUCCCAGCUUUGGGACUUAUCAGUGAUGCUCAUAAAAGUAAAGUUACAGCUUGUUCACCGUUUUGCUACCAUAUUUCGUUUAAAGAUUUAAAUGUGGUUUUGUUGUUGUAUUUUGUUUGUUGGGAUCAGCUAGUACAAGGUGGUUAAUAUUUCAUAUAUUUUAAGCCCCUUUGUAAACCAGUCAUGCACUCAGUUUAAAAGUGGAUUUCAAGAAUUAUCUUACCUCUCAGGGCUUUAACUAACAGGAAGUAAACAUCAUACGUAAAAACAAACGACUGUGAGAAAUAUUGUUCUCAACUGUGUGACUGUAAUCUGAUUAAUUUGAAACUGUGGUAUUGUAUCAGUGGAAGAAUGAAAUGUAAAGAUUUGUUUUUAUUAACUGGUUAAUAGGGCAGAUUGGCCACCGUACAGUGAUAGAGAACCUGGUGUUUGAAGUGCUAGCUCUUUGGGAACGUUUCCAGUUAAAAUAAUUACUUCUGAUGUAAAAAAAUGCCGCAAAAUAUCAACGGUUUUUAAAAUUUAAAAAUGGCCUUAGAGAUCUACAACUAGUACAUGUACAGUAUGUGUGUUAACUUUCAUAUAUGAGUCAUAGUGUUAACUUGUCCAUACAAUACUUUUACCCUAACUGGCCUCAGUAAUAAUCAUAAUAUUAAGCUUUUCAUGGUUAUAUUACAGUUUGACAGUUUGAAUGUUUUCUCUUUUUCUUUUGUUUUCCAGGCGAUGACUUGUUUUGUGAUAUUAGCAUAUAUACACAAUGCAUUUUCAAGGACUCCUAUUAACUGCUUGGAUCAUGUGAAGGAUCAAUGGCCAAGAGAUGGAGUCCUUAGAGUAGUUAUUUCAAGAAGUGCUGCUGUGAGCAGAUUAUCAGAAAAUGAUACAACAAGAACUAAUGCUUCUAACAGCAAUAUUUCAGAACCUUUGCAUGUAAAUAUUAGUCAAUUAGGAGCUGAUGUUAUAUCAGAUCAAGAGAAUUCGUCUUCUGUGAAAGAUGUUUACAGUCAUUUGUCAGAUGGUAAGCCACAAAAGAAUCCUCUUCCAGUUAGAGACACUGUUGUACCUAGUGCCUUUGAACUGCUGGCACCGAUCAAAGUGGAAGGUAGGUCAUAAAACACUUACAUAUACUUGUCCUUUUAUUCCCCUGCCACAAUUAGCUUAAACUAACUGCAGGUUGGGUGAAAUACUGUAAAAUUCCGAAAAUAAGGCCCUUCAUGUAUAAGCCCCUCCAAAUAUAAGCCCCCCAAACUGGCAACGCAAAAAACCCUCCGUUUUUUCGCCCCUCCAAAUAUAAGUUCCCCCGGGGGCUUGUACUUGGAAAAUGGCCCUCAAAUACAAAGUAAAACAAAGCAAAAAUGGUAAAUUUACUUCCAACUAUAAGGUUAGCCCAAUCGAUUUUGAAACCCAAAUUUCCCUCCGUAGAUAAGCCCCUUCGAAUAUAAGCCCCUCCAAAAAUAAGCACCUCAAAAAGGGCCUUGGAAAAAUAUAAGCCCUGGGGCUUAUUUUCGGAAUUUUAUGGUAUUUCCUUUUUAACUUGUAAAUGCCCGAAGGACAUUUCACAAGUUAUUGCUGUGGAAUGCGAUAUGCAAAUGAGUCACUCACUUACUUGUGGACUCAGGUCAGCUGGCUCCGAAGUGGCCCGAUAUGAAAACGACAUGUUGUGUUAUUGCCGAAGUGUACUUUGAGCAACAUCAUUUGUGUAUUCACUCACACCACCUUGUGAUGAGAGAACCCCUGGGAAUGAGGUUGUCAUGCUCUUGUCCGCUGCAGAAACGUCACUGUAGGUCGUGUAUAAUAUACAUUCUACACUGCGAGUAUCUCGAUCAUAAGCACUGCUGGGACUGUUUAAAUUUACAGUAACAUGACAAAGGAAGACCAUUGUCAAUAAAAUAAUAGCGAGGUUAACGUAACUGUUUAUACCCCAAACCUGUGAAUCUUUGCAGUGUGGUCUCUAGAAGGGCUUAAGCGGUCAAGAAAUGAAUUACAAUCUCUGCCAAAAAGUCGUCUUCUAAGCCAUUUCAUGCCAAAAAUCCAGCUAGUUAUGCAUACAGAUGGAUAAAUAAAAAGACAGUAAGGCCAUUUCUCAACUGACAGUCUAAAAUAUUACUGUCAAUGAGAGCCAACUGACAAAUUCAUAAUAACUCAAGGUGUAUUUCUCUACAUGUUUUCUACCCAUGCUCAAGACUAUGGUCAAGACUAUCAUGUUACCAUGCUUUGGCUCGGAAAUGAUAUUUAAAAUACUGUUUUUAUAAUAUUAUGUUGUUUUUCACUUAUUUUUCGCUGAAAGGUUAUUUGCAAUAGUAGUGUCUGAAUACUAUAUCCUGCAAUUGAAUUCUUUUAAUAAAUACUUUAUUUUAUCACAUGAAUUCUUUUUUUAAAAAAAGGAAACAAAAAGACAAUCUAUUUACAGUACAAGUUCGCCACAGUUUUUACUUUGAUUCCUUUUGAUUCUCUUUUUAUUCCUUGUAAUCUGUUUGAAGUGAUAUUCAUAUGUAAAAUUGUUGUUGUUAACUUUUGGUGUAAGGUGACUUAAGACUAUCAUUUUGUAGCUCGAGAUUUGCAUAUGUUAAAUUCAGGUUAAAAUUUUUUAACCUAGGUUGAUUCUCGUCCUUUGCCUCGUAGCCCUAAUUCAUGACUAAUUAGGGCUACGAGACAAAGGAAAACGAGAAUCAACCUACUGUAGGUUAAAAAAUUGACCUGUAACACAUACAUGUAGUGACUGGAGAAAUUAAAAGUCAAAUUAAUAUUAUGUAAUGUGCAUGUAUGUCCAACACAUUUUCUGGUUGUCUUGCUCAAAAUACAUGUAAUGGUGACCACCUUGGAUAUACAGCUGUUGAUGUAUGCAAAAAAAGAAAACUUAUUUGCAAUUCUUCUCUGGCAGAUGAUUAUCUGCAGGGGAGGGAUUAAUAAUACAUGUAAUAUAAAACUACUCCUAAUGUUGCUUUGUGUAGGGGAAACAAAAGAAGAGUAUGCUGUAGAGUAUGCAUUGGAAUAUGGCUUCUUGCGGCUGUCACCGGAAUCCAGGAAGAAACUUGGCAUUCCCGUGUUGCUUGUGGAACUGGGUAAGUUCUUUAUCUGUAGAUUAUUGUGACAGGUCGUUGAAUGUGUUAGUGCAGGACUUUGUUCUGGUGGUACCAGAUGACCACCUGACCACCUACUCCUGACCACCAACCCCUCACCUAAGUCAACAUUCACACUCAUUUUUCACUUAGGGAAAGAUUGUGACUUAGGUUAGGGGUAGGUGGUCAGUUAACGAGAAACCUUGCUCAGUGAUUUUGUUACCUCUGCAUCCUGCGUCCCUGAUGCUUAAAAAUCCCCAAAGAUGCAAAAUAGUUCAUGGCAUGUGUCCUGUAGGGCACAAAGAUCACUACUGAUUGAUCUGAACAUGUGUAGUUGUAGAAAUACAUGUAUCCAGCCCAUUCGUGUAACUUCUGUGGCAGUUACACUGUAUUAUGGCUGUUGUUAAAUGAUGCAUGUGUCUUUUAGCCUUUGCUGUGCUUUGAAGUAGAUGAUGAGUCCGAGAACUGAACAUAACUAUUUGUAGCAAAAUCACUGUUUGCUCCUGGAGGACUAAGAAAUGUUAGUUUUUCACAUGCUGGGCACAGUUGAAUUUCACAGGUUCAGAACAAUUUUUCUUAGAGCACAGCCUUGACUGAGUGCAGGGUUGUCAUUAAGGUUUUAUAAUGGCUGGUGUCUCAGGGAAAGUAGCCAGUGAUCUAUCUGAUGAAUCUUCCCAUUCCUUAUGUUUGAUUUGUUCUCAAACCUAGAGUAUACAUGUAUGUGGCUGGCUGAUUUUUCUGCAGUAGUCAGCAAAAAAGCAGGCUGUCUGCUACUAAUGUCAGCCGUGUGUGAAUGUUACACGUAUCAAAAUUGAAGAGGGGUAGGAAUAGUUUAGGACCUCUGUUAUUUUCAGUUUUAUAUUUUAAGGUGACAAUCAUGUCUGUAUGGACUCAAGUACAUGUACUCGGUUGUUCACACCUGGCUGUGGAGUAUUUUUGGAUGGUUACCACAUUACUCCUUUAUUAGUAUUUUUACAUUGGCUGCCUGUAAAGUUCAGAAUUGAAUUUAAAAUCCUGUUGAUUGUUUUUAAGAUUUUUAAGGGCUUAGCACCUUCAUACUUAAGAUUUUUAAUUACUCCUAAGCCUGUAUCUAAAUAUAAUUUAAGAAGUUCUAGUGACAGUACCCUACUUAGUUAUCCAAAUGUUAGCCCAAGGCAACUCUCGGUGAACGGGCCUUUCUGUUUGCUGCACCUAAGCUAUGGAAUGCUUUGCCAAGAUUUGUUAGGGAAUCCAUUUCAGUUGACACUUUGAAGAGAAAGUUGAAGACUCACCUUUUUAUAAAAGCAUUUGUACCACUUAGAUUAUAAGAUUGUAUUUUAAGCAUACUAGACUACAAAUAAUUUUCAGCUUAUAAUUUUUAAGAUUUUGCUAACAGAUUUUAUCUUUUUAACUUUUAGCCAUUAGUUUUUCUAUUCUAUAUCUAUAUUAUCAUCUUAUUUUAUCAUUUUUACUAUCAUAAUUAUGCAUAAUUUUUAUUAUUAGUAGUAUUAUUGUUUUGUUUUGUUUUUGUUUUUGUUUUUUUUCCCCUAUGGCACGUUUGAAUAUAUUUAUAUGGAUAUUUGCGCCUUAUAAGUUUUUGAAAUGAAAAAAAAAAAAAUGAAAUGAGUGUGGGCCCGAUGGGAGGGGGGUACUGCCAUACAUGAGCUAUAUAGGUAUGUGCCGCUGUGAAGGGUGUGGUUUUCAAGCAGUUUACUCUAGGAUAGGGUAUAUAAAUCAGAGCGUUUGGGUCUAGAAUAGGGUAUCAUUUUUCAGGAAACUGAUCAGUUGGUUGAAGAUUUUAUCUAGACUAGGGAAACAGCUACUCUAGGAUAGGGGGAUCUGGGGAGUUUACUCUAGUAUAGGGUAGCAAAAUUUAGCUGAACUAGCUCUGGUAUACAUAUGUAGGUUAAGGGUUCCAGGGUCCCAUCGGCACAUCCCCACCCAGAAAUUCCUAAAGUACCCCCCCCACUGCGGGUGUGGGUGGUGAUUCUUUUAUUAAACUCUCUGACCCUAAAUAAAUAAAUUAAAUUUUGAUUUUAUUUGAGAUAGCACAUCCACAAAGUGGUUCUUCAUCUACCUGAUUCCUUGCUGAAUUGGAAUUUGGAAGGGUUGGUUUUUGAUGAGAGGGGAAAACUGGAGUACCUGGAAAAAAAAACCUCCCUGAGCAAAGGAGCGAAACAACAACAAACUCUACCCACAUUUGGUAUCGAUGCCGGGAUUUGAACCCAGGCCACAUUGGUGGGAGUUGACUGCUCUCACCACUGCGCCUCUCCCAUAGAUCUGCCACUGUCUAAGGAGGCUGUUUUUGUUUAGACCUGUUGUGGAUCAAGCCUUUCUUGGGGUGGGGCAGGGGAAAGUGAUGGUUUACAGCAGUAAAUCCCCUAGACUCUCCACCCUGGAUCUGCCACUGUGUAAUCAUCCAAACUCUUUCUGUUUAGACCCUGCUGUGGAGCAGUGUUUUGGUGAUGCUUUAAGCCGGUUUUUAUUGGAUGAGUUCCUUGGGUAUGAUGAUGUACUAAUGUCAAGUGUCAAGAGACUGGCUGAAUACGAGGAUAACAAAGGUACAUUGUGUAUUGAAUGUAAUGUUUUGAAUAGGUCACUGGGGAGACUGAUGUUACUUGAUUGGUGCUAUUAUUUUCUUUGUUACAAGCUGUCUUAGACUAAUAAUAUUUUAGUCUGCCUUUACUCUAAAAAUCUAUCAGGGUCUUUUCACAGUGAACAUUUUGGGAAACAAAGGUCGGUCACUUAGUAGUUGGUUAGUGGUUUUGUUGAUUAGUGAGUUUGAGCUUGCAGGGCUGUACACCGCUGACAACUGGUGACUUUCUUUUGUAAAAUCUGAGUUUUACAUUAAACGUAAAUAUGCUGCUGAAGUCCUUGGUUUUUAAAGAUUCGAAGCCGUAGAGUGCCUUUUAGAUAUUAUUUUUCCCCAGACUUCAGCCUUUAACAAUGACUUCAGCCCUUUACGAGACCUACUUUACCGUCACUUGUGAUUUACCCAUCAGGUUCUACAGCAUACAUCUUUUUUGGCAGGUUAUUUGCGUAAUGUUGUCACAGGAGAUCACUUUAGGUUUGUUAGCAUGUGGAUGGCUCGAACUUCAUACCUUGUGGCCUUAGUUCUCAUGUUCAUUUUUGUAAGUUUUUUCUUUUGUCAAACAUUAUGAACAAGGAGUUAGUUUCUACUUGUUUGUGUUGUGGUUCAAUUUAGUCCUUGUUUUAAAUCUUAUUUUCCAUUGUUUUCAAUAUCACCAUACCCAAAAACAAUUAUUGGACAAUGAAAAUUUAAACCAAGCAUAAAAUUAAUUUGAACAGCAGCUGCUGUAUAACAGACAUUUAUUAUAUGCAGCCUUUCUGAUUCUGUACAAGGGUUUAUUUCCAUUAUUUUGUAAAACAUGGUUAGUUUUAUUGAAGGAUGCAGCUUUGUUGGUUUCUACAACUUAAAAUAUUUUUCUGCAUGACAUUUAUUAAUCAAAUGGGAAGAUGCUUUGCGAAAUUGAGAUUAUGAUUGACAUUGACUUUGACAUGGUGCAGUGGUACAGAUCUGUUAUUGCUAUAGCCCAACACAGGAGACCGGUAACCUGAAAGGCUGAAUAUAGAGAAGUUUCUAGUGAGUACCACUUAUGUGUUACACUGUUUUAAUUUUUCAGACUAUUUCAAUAUCUAUGCUUUUGAGGUAUUGUCAUCACCAGAUCUUCGUGUUUAUUGGUAAGUCUAACCUAUUUUUUGCUUAAGGCUGUCCCUAAAUUUUAUUGUUACAUUGUAAUACUGGUAGUAAUUUCAAAUAAGGAGUGCAUCCAACAUGGAAGUGUGGUGGAGCAAGGGGAGUGCGGAUGAGCCUUUAACUUCAAGGAAGGGCAGAAAAGAGAAAGCCCUAACAAAAACUGUGUCACAGGGACAGCUAAUAGGGAGUUUAAAAUACUAGGACGGCUAUGGCGGCGAAGAUGUCGCUUAGAAUUAGAUUUCGUGUUCUUUCAAUCCUCACCGCAGUUAUUCCAACUGGCUCACUUUGUCAAAUGCAAGCCAAGUCUCUUGGAGUUAUAUUCCUAUGAAUUAUUUAUUUCCAAGUUGAGAAAAAGAAAGAUAAUUUCGUUGUUGCUGGUUCACAUCCCUAUAAAAUGUGAUGUGAAAGUACAUGUUAGGUAUUUUCAAGUCAUAGUUGUGCAGUGAUGGCAGUGAAAUGUCCAAAAAAGUGUGAAGCAUGUGCAGAGUUUUUGUUUUGCCUAUUCAGCUUACCGCUUUUUUGACGUUCUCGUUUUUAUCAUCUUUGUGGCAUCUUAAACUCCCUAAUAUUAAAGUGGUGUUACACGGGAAAGUUUGAUGAGAGAUGCAGUUGGGGCUGCACCUUCGUCUGCUAGAGCUUCUUCUUUUUGAGUUGCAGUUACACUGUGUUAACGAAGUGUUAUUUCUUUUUGUCAGUAAACCUGCUUCAAAUGCUGGAUCUGAAUGUGACAAUAGCCUUUCCAGCAGCUCCGCUUUUUACAGUGAUCCUGUCUCUUGUGGGUAAGCUUAUUUGUCUGAAUUGGAUUUAAAAUUAGGCAAUAACACUCGGAAAUCCCCAGUUUUAGUAAACGUAAAAACACCUUCUUAGUUAAUGGCCAUUAUAAGCAUCUUCACAACUUGAUCUGGAAAAGAGUUUCCAAGUUGGUGGCCUAAGAAAUUGAUUGUGAAUUUAUAAAAGAAAACAAAAUGGUAAGGUAAUUUUCUGAAUUGUUCUGAAAUGGGAAGAAAUUUUAUUCAAGCUGAUCAGAUGAGUUUUACAUCAAUAAAUUAUACAUGUCUGUAUGGACAAUUUUUUGUUCAAAAUAAAUAAUGCUUAGUGCUUGCCAAAGUCUCAUUGCCAAGCUUCUCAAAAUAAUUAAAAUUAAAAAAAACCUGCAUUUCAAGUUUUUUGCUUAAUGCUCUGUGUGUGUUUGUUUAUCUUUGCAUAAAGAGUUUUACUGCUCCUCGUCUCUGAAUGUGACUGUAUUCUUUGCUCAUUGAUUUUUACUAUUUGUCCACAGGAAUGGAAGCUAUUAUGUCAGAAUUCUUUAAUGACACCACAACAAGCUUUUAUAUCAUUCUUAUUGUAUGGACAGCUGAUCAGUAUGAUGCUAUUUGCUGCCACACACAACAGAGUAAAAAGUUUUGGCUCAGGUUUGGGAAAAUUCAUUCAUUUAUCUGCUAAAUUUUAGAACUAUCCAUUUGAAGCUUCCCCAUAUUUUUGCGCAAAAUCCAAGGUUAAACCUUACAGAUAUUUCACCUGCAGUCGGUGACAAAUAGUUGAGUAAGGCUCUUUGCCCUAAAGGGCUUUGUUGACAUUUGUUGACUUCAAAAGGGAGAAAGUUUUCCCCUACUCCCUCCAAGUAAUUUUGUGCUGCUGUUUGAGCUAUCUGUAAGGGGUAUAGAACGGUUCUUUUUAAAACAUGGUUCUCGGAAAAUUUUGGCCUAAUCUCGAACUCUCAGAAGCAUUUGUGGUAGGUCUCUGACUCUCGUUUUCGGGUGAUUUUGCUUGUCAGAGUCUCUAAUUUUUUUUAAGUUUUGGUCUCGAAUUUUCAAACCCGGGUCUUGCAAAGUCUUGAAUUUACCAUUUUAUACCCGUUUUGUAGGAAACAACAUGUGCUCCAGUUUUGAAUGGAGGGAGGAUGCAGGGUUGAAGAUUGAAUAUUAUAAUGUCCUUUGUUUCCCAAUUUACCCAUGUAAUGAUCCACUAUUUUCUGGUAAAUGUACAUUUGGAAGCGGGGUGUUGCUUCUUGAAUUUAUAUAGUUUUCUUUCUGAGUUGGAGUAAGAAGGGAGUCCAUAGGCAUACGCUGUAUCUAAAGACUUCCCCAGCUGUGAUAGGAUCCUUAAUUUUGCUACUGGCCUAAUGAGGUGAAUCUGUGAUUGAAAAGUAAUGAUCCACCUAUGACAAUGGUUUGAUGUAUUUUUUGACUGCUUUUCACAGGUUUUUCUACUUGUAUCACUUUGCAUUUUAUGCUUAUCAUUAUCGCUUCAAUGGACAAUACAGUGGACUUGCAUUGGUGACUUCAUGGCUAUUUAUACAGGUACUUGAGUCAUUUACUUAUAAUUGUUGUGAAAAUAAAGGUAGUUGUGGAAAGGUUGGUGGAGUCCCAACUUUUGGGUCUAUUGUAAACUUUACCAUGUGUUUCAACAGGUGAUUAGUCACUGAACACCAAGGAGAAUGUUGAGCAUAAAUUAAGGAGAAUCGCUAAAUAAUGUCAUGCUCUGUGCUCUGUGCUCUGCCCUUGUGCUUUGCACUUGCACUCCACUCCUUUAACAAGACCUAAACUUCCAUUCUACAUACAGUCGACACCCGGUAACUCGAACCCUCUAUAACUCGAACCUCCUGCUAACUUGAAGCAAUUUUCAAUUCCCUUCAGAUCAUUUUCAAUAUAAUUUUACCCUGGAUAACUCGAACUCCCGAUAACUCGAACUGUUUUCUGUUUCCCUUGAAAUUUUGAAUUAUCGGGAGUUGACUGUAAUAUUAUGCUUUAGUAAUUUUAAAGAUUUAACUUGCUUUCGACCACCUUACUUUUUCAACAGCAUUCCAUGUUGUUCUUCUUCCAUCAUUAUGAGUUACCAGUGAUCCUGAGUCAUCAGGCUGAUCCAGAAGAAGACCUGUUAGCAGAUCCUAUUGCUGCACUCACAGAUGAGGUGAAUGUUCCUCCAGUUGAUGAACAUCCAAACCAGCAGCCUGCAGCUCAUGAGAACAUUCCACAACUCGAUGUUCCUUUCAAUCGUGGUAAGUAG